AUUUAGUAAAAAUUAUUUAAAUGCCAUCUAAGGUUUGGUCAAAAGUAUUUUCCAUAUGUUUUCAAGCUUGAGGAAAACAAUAACCGAUACCUUACAACAAGGGUUAAUACCCAGAAACGAGGAAACUGAUAAAAUAAAAAUAAAAUCUUCAUUGGAAAUUUUAGUUGAUAACACAAGUGACAUAUGGUCUAACAUUCAUCAUGAAACUACAAAAAACUCUCAAAAGGCUACAAAUAUUGAUAAUGUACUAUCAGAAAUUUUAUCAAAAUGUAAUGAAAAUGAUAAAAUACUGACAAAGGUAAUCAAUUCAGCUGAAUCACUCACAGAAAUGAUGAACAAUAUGAAUAAAAUAUUAUCCUCUAUAUCUGGUUUGGAAAGUCUAUUUGAAGACACUGAAAAUUCAUUAUACUUGUUGCAAGAUACUACUGAUCAGAUGGACAUACAGGAAAAUAAACUUAACCAUCGUUUGAAACUAGCAGCAUAUAGAGAAGAAAAAAGAAUGCAAUUGGAAAACUUACAAUCUGAGAUGGAAAUCUCUUAUCAUUCACAGAUUUUGGAAAAGCGGCAAAAUAUGAGUGAAGAAGAAAAACAACGACGUAAUCGAUUAGAAGAGGUAUUUUUGUCUGGCCUUCCUGGAUUAUUCCUAGAUAACAAUAAGAAAGAUGACAGAAUAAAGAUAGUGGAUAUAAUAACUACUAACAAAGUCCCAACCUCUAGAAAUUCAAUUGAGAAACAUUCAAAUAAUGAAAUUUUACCAUCACCUUCUAACAAAACCAUACAUUCAGAAUUGGGAAUGGUAACAUCACAAGAUCUCAGAGACUUGGAAAUUCCAGAUUCUCUUUCAACUUCUGUAAGCCUAACAAGUUCCCAGAAAAACGAUCAUGAAACUAAAGAUCCCAAUGACUUUGAACAUCUCAACAUGACACUGACAGAUGAAAUGGUAGGAAAAACACCUUUCAGCAAAAAUAAUGAUAUCACUGAACUUAGUACAGAUACAAAUAAUAAAGAAGCCGAUGCUGGAUUUGAAAUGAUGGGUUCGUUGCUGAGUGAAGAUAUGUCAAAGUUAAAUGAUUCGACAUUCAUAAAUUUAGAUAAAACCAACACCGCCAAAACAAUAAGCAAAAACGAUAUUCAUGAAAAAUUAGCGAAUACCGAAAAAUUUAUCAAAAGUUUAGAGGAUGAAAUUUCGGAAGCCACAAAUGAUUAAUUUUUUUUUAAAAAUGAAACAAUAUCCAAAAUUAUUUAUUUUUUGUAAAAUUGAAAAUGUAUAAUUUAAUGUAAUUUAUUUUAAGUACACGUGAUCUAGUGUUUGUUAAAUCAACCCCCCCCCCCCCCUCCCAUCCCUCCCUUAAAAAAAUAAAUUACUCUUAAUAAUAAGUUUGGCUAAGUCCAUAUUGUAGUUGUCCAAAUUUAUGUGAUUUAACAACCCUGGUAUGGUACAAUAUUAUUCAAUGCACCUUAUAAAUUUUUUUAAAACAUUUUUAUAAAUUGCUUUUUUUAUUAUUAGUUCUUGUUAUUUUGCCCAAAAUAUUUCGACCAGUCAUUAAUUUAUACCAUUAUUUUUUUUUAAAAAAAAUAAUAUAUUAUUUAUGUUUAUAUCUCAUUUUAAAAUCAUUAUGAAUUGAAUUUGUAAAUCAAAAAAUAAAGAGCCCAUAUUUUGAAACAGAAUUUUUUCAAAAAAAAAAUACACUUAUUUUCUUAGUAAAAUAAUUUCUAAUACUGAAAUUUGUGAA